CCAUCAUGGUUUAAGGGUGAUCAUCCUAGCAUGCAUUAUAUACAUAAUAUACAUUAUAUUGCCAAUAAUAUGAAUGCUGCCAUGGAAUUGGCCAAUCCUACAUGGAAAGACGAUAUUUAUAUGUGGCGUCGUAUAGUACCAACAUGGGUUCCAAGAACAUUAAACUGGGAUUUAUCUGGCUUUCUUGUUAUCAACUUUAUGCACGAUUGGAAUGGUAUAAGGUUACCCUGCAUUUGCACUAAUGGGAAUGACCUGAGGACCAAAUUCUUAGUAGAAUUAUUGAAGUACAAGGACAAUGAAUCCAAAGACAACAUUCCAGAAGAAAUACAAGAAAUUAUUAGGCACAUCAGAUAGAUAUGAUUUUAUUUGUAAUGAUACUCAACUUAUUAUCCUAAUUAAUUUUAUUGCCUUUUAGGUUCGUAGUAUCGUUAGGAACAUUUGCCAACAUAUAUUUUAGUUAUAUGUUGCAAAUAUGAAGGCAGUUCAGAUUUCUGUAC